AUGGCUUUAUCUGCGGCUGCACAAUCGAGAUUUGAUCUCAUCAAAGACAACCUCGGCGAGAUUCUCAACCCGGAGAUCAUUGAGACCGUUCUUGCUGAGGGGCGCAAUCCGCGUAUUUACUGGGGAACUGCCACUACUGGACGGCCCCAUUCCGGUUAUUUCGUUGCCGCGCUCAAAAUCGCCCAGCUAUUAGCGGCAGAAUGUGAGGUAGUAAUCCUCCUUGCCGACGUGCAUGCGUUCCUGGAUUCAAUGAAGGCGCCUCUUGAACUCGUUGAGAACCGUGUCAAAUACUACGAAAAGAUUAUCAGGGCGAUUUUGGAGGCCGUGGGCGUGUCGACCGAGAAGCUCGAGUUCGUACUCGGCAGCUCUUACCAGCGCAGUUCCGAAUAUGUUAUGGACGUCUACCGUCUUGCUGCCUUGACCUCUGAGCAUGAUUGCAGAAAGGCGGGUGCGGAGAUUGUGAAACAGUCUGCCAAUGCCCCGAUGAGUGGCCUUCUUUACCCUAUUCUUCAGGUCCUCGAUGAGGAGUACCUUAAGGUCGAUGCCGAACUUGGCGGCCUUGACCAGAGGAAGCUUUUCACUGCGGCCACAGAAUGGCUACCCAAACUCGGAUACCGAAAGCGUGCCCAUCUUAUCACUCCAAUGGUUGCCGGUCUCAGCGGAGGCAAAAUGAGCUCUAGUAUCGAAGACAGCAAGAUCGAUCUCCUCGACCCGCCAGAGGCUGUCGCUAAAAAGAUCCGUAAAUCGGAAGCCGUCCCCAAGGUCGUUGAGAACAACGGCAUCAUUGCUCUGGUGGAAUUUGUCCUAUUACCUGCAGCUGCCCUCAAUGGCAAGGACUUCCGCGUGGAACGCCGCGACAACGAACCCCUUGUUUACACCGAUAUCCAACAACUAAAGGAUGAUUACACCAACGACAUUUUAACUCCCCAACUUCUAAAGCCUGCAGCCGCAGAUGCUUUGGUCACUCUCAUGGCCCCUAUUGCCAAGGCCUACGCAGAGUCCACUGAAUGGCAGGAGAUCACCCUCAAGGCUUACCCUCCCCCAGUUAUUAAGAAGAAGGAGAAGAAGGUCAAGGACAAGGGUUCCCGCUUCCCUGGAGCUAACAAGGAAGUGGACAUCCCCGAGCGUCCCAAGGCUUAA